AUGGAUCCGAACCACGCAUCUGCGAAUCGGGUUCCAGUCAGCAACUCUCACAGCCCGUACCAUCCCGUACGCAUCUACGGCAUCCGUGCAAGACGCCCAGCCAAUCCUGACGCCAGAACAUCAACGUCGACGUCUCCAGUGGUGCAGACAAAACCUGCGAUGGACAGCACAUCUGACGGCAGGACAGCUGUCUACAGACGUCAAGGUGAACGUUACGUCACGCCAUGUGUUCUUGAAGGGGGUCGUUUUGGAGAUGGUGGCGUUAUUAUAUGGGGUGGAAUUGCAGCCACCGGUCGGACCCAGAUGGUUGUGAUUGAAGAUGGCCUUGAUACUCUGCAUGGUGUGACAUGGGAUACAGCAAUUAGAACGUGCCGUGAACGUGGCGGGAAACUGUACAACACUACGGAUACGUCUGCCCUAGGUGACGUCACGCCUGGGUCAUACUGGAUUGGAGGGAAAGUGCAGUAUAGUUCGUGGGUGUGGACAGCAGAUAAAAAGUCUUUAUUUGAAUAUGCUGGAGAACUGAAUGAGUCGUAUUCGACAUAUAGUCGUGUGUAUACAAUCCUCUAUGAUAAUCAAACAAUCCUCUAUGAUAAUCAAGCAAGCCGCUGUUACUACGAAUGUCGUCAGCAAAACAACCGUAAACCCGUGUACGUUGGAUUACAGGAGAGCAUGUGUUACUGUUUUGGUUCGUUAAACCCAGGUAGUAUCACUACAGACAAUCGCACACAUCGUGGCUGUUUGGGAAACUUCAUGGAAUGUUGCGGAACUGACAGAACAAUAAGCAUCUACCGUCCAGACUAG